AUGGACGGUCAUUCGACGCCUUCAACAACACCCGAGACACUACGCGUAAAGUCGCCGGACGAGAUGCCCGUUGCUCUAGAUGCUUUGCUACCGGCGCCGGACGACGACGUGCCGCCGACACCGCUCACCUACCGCCCCGAUGUCGACGGACUUCGAACCCUCGCGGUCAUACCCGUGCUACUCUUUCACGCGUACCCAGCGUUCCUGCCCGGUGGCUUUAUCGGUGUUGACGUCUUCUUUGUCAUUUCCGGCUUUCUCAUCUCUGGCAUCCUCUUCAAAGAGCAUCAGCGCGGCAGCUUUACGUACACGGGAUUCUACGCGCGGCGCGUCCGACGCAUCUUCCCGACGCUCCUCGUUGUUUUGAUUGCAACGUUCUGGCUCGGGUACCUCUACCUCAUGGCGCCCAAGGUGAAGGCGAUGGCAGCGACGAUGCUCGCGGGGUCGCUCUUCAGCGCCAACCUCCAAGUUCUCUCGCUCACGCACUCGUACUUUGACAUUGACGUCAAGACCAACCCGCUUUUGCAUCUCUGGUCCCUCGGAGUCGAAGAGCAAUUCUACAUCUUUUGGCCUCUCUUCGCGUCGCUUCUCAUGCGCAUGCGCUUCAAGACCGCGAUUGUCUUGCAAGUGAUGGUGCUCGUGGUGAGCUUUGCCACCAACGUCUGCUUUAUCGGCUACAACGACAACAACAAGAUGUCGUUCUACAUGCCGUUGAGCCGGUUUUGGCAAAUGUCGAUGGGCGGCCUCCUCGCCUACCUCCACAUGCACGGCGUCGCAAUCACGAGUCGUUGGGGACGCCAUCUCGUGGCCAUCGUCGGCCUCGCGUCCGUGGUCGUCGGCUUGGCUUGCAUUGAUGAGACAAGCGCGUUUCCGGGGUAUUAUGCGCUGCUUCCGACGGUCGGGGCGACGCUCUCGAUUGCCGCUGGCGCCGACGCGAGUGUCAACACGUACCUUCUCAGCAACCGCGUCGUUAUCUACGUCGGCAAGAUCAGCUACUGUUUGUAUCUCUGGCACUGGCCGCUCCUCGUCUUUGCGAUCGAGCGGUAUCCGGACGUGACGAGUCGACCGUUCUACAUGCAGCCGUAUGCGAUGCUGCUGCUCAGCCUCGUCUUGAGCAUUGCGACAUACGAAGACCUCGAAGGACGACUUCGACGCCACCGCGCCAAAUGGGUCACGCCACUUCUCGUGGUUGGCAUGUUCGCAGUCGCGGUGGUCGCCGGUUGCGCCUACAAGAACCCGGCAAGCUUCUCCGCCACCGAGAUCGAGAUUGCCAAUGCGCCGUUGCCGCCCAUCAUCGACACCACGGCGCUCAACGCAACGACGGUACCGCGAGCCAUGACGACGGUGCUGCAGACCAAGCAAGCCAUGGCCGACGGCAACUGGAACGUCCGGACAACGAGCUGUGCGCCCGACGCCAAGUACAUCACAGCCGCGACCUCGCCGGUGCCAUUUCCGUUCAAGGACCCGGUGAAUCCGGGCUACCCUGAACGCUGCGAGGUCAUCAACCCGGGGCACGAGGCGGACGGUACGCUCGUCGUUCUUGGCGACUCGCACGCCGACAUGUCGGUGCCCCGGUUCAUGCGGCUCUUUGAUGAUGCGGUUGCGUCCAAGACGCCGUUUCCGACGAUUGUCUUGAAGGACCGGUGGGGCCGCGCGAUGCUGCCGUGCCGCCCCGAGUUUGCUCAAAACAUGCACAUGCUCGCAGCGCUCAAGCCGCAAGCCGUUCUCCUCGUCGUACACUGGAUCCAGUUUAUCAACCCGGGCGCGCCCCUUGACCGCCCGUACGCACACCCGCCCAAGUGCUGCUUGUACGAGUUUGUUGCGUGCAAUGAGCAAAACGCCGACGACGUACACCACCUCUUUGCGUCGCUUGAAGCCGAACUACACAAGCUCUCGCGCCUCGGCAUCAAGGUGUUUGUCGUCGACCAGAGCCCCGAGUACCCGCAGAUGGUGCCCGACACGUGGGUCAGUGGCAGCACCGUCAAAGUGCCGGCGCGAAUUAGUCGAUCAGCGUUUCGCAAAGAGAAGGCGUGGUUUCUCGACCCGCUCCACGCCGCUGUGAAAGCUGCGAACGCGACGCUACUCGACUACGCCGACAACUACUCGGACGGCGACACGCUCUUGCUCGCGGACUCGACGGGGUAUCCGACCAUGUGCGGAGGUAACCACUUGAACGCACGCACGUCGCGCACGCGUCUGACCAUUCUGGAUCAAGUUGUCGCGGCCGCACGGGCUUCUUUGCCGUAA